UGUAUACGCAGGAGGACGAAGAAACAUGGCUCGACAACGGAGAAACUUGGGGUACUCGCGCUAUACACUGCAAACACCCGCGCUAUCAAGUAUGCAGGAUGUCGAACCGAGGAAGGAUACGAAGCGAGGACGAGCUUACCUGGCAACGAAGGGCGUACGAGCGUCACCGUUCUAGGGUGAAAACGGCCAGACCGACGGUGGACGUGAACCCGCCGGUGGGCAGACCUCACGUCUCGUUCAACGCGAAGAGACUGCAGCUGGAGCGCGAACGGCAGGCGCGGAUUCUCAGGGACAAUUUCAUCCUGCUGAAGAAACUCCGCGAGAUCAUGCACCGGAAACGACGAGUCGCGGAGGACACUCAACGGGUCCAAUGGCAGGAAUCUCGAUGCGUCAGGGUUCGUUAGGAAGAUGAGAAUUAUGGAUAUCUAUUUGCCAUUGUAUCGUUCGCGAUUUACAUGUGUAUGAACACGUCUUUUGUAUUUUUAUGCGCAAUUACGAAGAGAGUAGCACGCACUCAUCUAAUCGAUCUCUAACAAAUCUUUUUCUACCUUGAUGCAAUCAUUUAUCUCCGCCCCGCUAUGGAUUUCUAUAAUAAAUGUUUUCAUAAUUAAUAUU